ACUGCUGCAGCAUCACUAACAACCUCAAUCCAGGAGGCUGGAAAAGAGAGGCGGAAGGGAGAGAAAAAGCUGAAUGAAUGGGCAUCGCAUCAGUGAUCAUUAUGGAGAGAACAGAGGCUGCUGCGCAGAGAAGAGGAUUUUGUUCCUUCUUUUAAAAAAAAACUGGAAAGGGGAAAGAAAGAGGGUGGGCAGAAAGCAAAGCAAGGAGGAAAGAACUGACACAACAAUUAAGCUGGGCUUCAUCACAAAGCUUUCUUUGGACAAGUACUCCACGGCGAGGGCUAGCGCUUGCCGCCGGCACAUCCUCUGCUGUCCCUUCCAUUGACGUCCAGGUCUUUUCACCCUCCUCUUCUGUGAUCGCACUGAAAAGCAGCUCCCUUACAUUUCUGUGACAUGACUUAAGCCUCCAUGUGGCAAGUUGCUAAGAGUGAAGAAACAACAAGCUUCUCUUUAAAAGCAGGAUCGUUCCUGGAAAGAAGCUGAACCCCUGGAUCAACAUUGUUAUGAUAUUCAUGAAGACCAAUCCUGGAAUUCAGCGAGUGGACAAGAGGACUCAGCGUUGAACACAACCUGUGCCUAAAAAGGGAGCUGUGAGAGGUACAGUAUGGCCCAGGACAAUCCCACAAUGGAAAAAGAGUGACCAGGAUACUGGCUUGGAGUAUCCUCAGCACCACCUUCUAGAAGCAAUGCUGUAGGAAACUUUAGCGCCAUGAAGGGGCUAGGAGAUAGCAGAAGCCGCCAUCUCUCCGAUAACCUGGACUCUCCUCAAGAGUCCCUUUAUGCCACCCAAGACAGGAAUCCUUAUCUCCUCAGCCCCACAGACUCCUACACAAUGGACCCUAGGUUCCCCACACCCAACUCCCUCCACAGUGACUGUCUUCUUCCACUCAACAACCAGAUUUCCAACAGCAGCACAUUUCCACGGAUCCAUUAUAAUUCUCACUUUGAGGUGCCAGAUGAGAAUCCCUUCCCAAGCCAUGCCCAGGCCACCAAGAUCAACAGGCUUCCCGCCAACCUGCUAGACCAGUUUGAGAAACAGCUGCCCAUCCAUAGAGAUGGCUUUAGCACCCUCCAGUUCCAGAGAAGCUCUGAUGCCAAGCACCGGAGCGAGAGCCCUGGGAGGAUCCGUCACUUGGUUCAUUCUGUCCAAAAGCUUUUUGCUAAGUCACAAUCCCUGGAGGGUGCCUCCAAAGGCAGUGUGAAUGGCAAGAAAGGCACUGAGGACUCCAAGCAGAACCGCCGGAGCAAGAGUAAGGACCGGGCAAAAACCACUGAGACUAAACGCAGGACCAGAUCCAACAUAUCAGGCUGGUGGAGCUCAGAUGACAAUCUGGACAGUGACACUUGCAACUACCGUAACCCGAUGGGCCUCAUGACCUUGGGCAGGCAACCUGAUCACAGUCAACCUAGGUACUUCAUGCAUGCUUAUAACACUAUCAGUGAACAUAUGCUGAAAUCCUCCAAGAGCAAUAAUGACCUCAAGGUCUCCCCUUGCGCCAACAUCCCCAUCAGCAGUGAGUCUAACUACAUCAAAAGAGGCUCCUGGUCCACACUCACACUCAGCCAUGCCCGGGAAAUGUGCCAAAAGGCUUCUGCUACCAUCGACAGAGCUCUGCUGAAAUCUAAGUCCUGCCAUCAAGAUUUAGCUUAUCAGUACUUGCAGGUGCCUCAGGGAGACUGGAAUAACACGUUGACUAGGGACAAGGACAAUGAAAUCCCAUGUCGGCGCAUGCGGAGUGGCAGUUAUAUCAAAGCCAUGGGGGAUGAGGACAGCGAGGACUCUGAAACCAGCCCGAAGCCAUCUCCCAAAACUGCAGCACGGAGGCAGAGUUACCUCAAGGCCACUCAGCAGUCUCUGAGUGAACAGAGCACCACCCAGAGAAGUCUGGACCGCCUCGAUUCUGUUGAGAUGGUGUUGCCUCCAAAAUUCCCAAGCUGGGAGGAAGAGUACAACCAGAUCUCAGACAACCUUAACGAGUCCAGUUCCAUCAACCAGAUAUUUGGACAACCCUCAUUUACUCCACAACUAUUUACACAAGAGGAGCAGGCAAGAGAAGCGGAGCUGAAUGACCAAUAUGAGGGGAUGUGUGAAUCAACCUACAGUGAAGCAGAAUCCACUGCUGUGGAAGUCUUGGAUCUGCCUCUUCCAAGUUACUUUCGUUCCCGGAGCCACAGCUACCUCCGAGCCAUCCAAGCAGGCUGCUCCCAAGAAGAGGAUACUCUCUCUGUUCAAUCUCUCUCUCCGCCCCCAGCCAGCAGCCUCAGUGGCAGUCGGACACUUCCCAGCAACAGCAGUUCGGCAUGCCUAGUGGGAUAUAAAAAGACACCACCACCAGUCCCACCUCGGACCACCUCCAAGCCCUUCAUCUCUGUCACAGUGCAGAGCAGCACCGAAUCAGCGCAAGACAACUACCUAGACAACCAGGACCAUAAGAGUGAGGUCAACAGCCAGUCAGGACUGAGCAAUUCAUCCGAUAGCUUAGAAAGCAACAGGCCACCCAGUGUGACAAGAGGAACAGUUGUGACUCCACCCAGAGAGCCUCCUGAACUACCCCUGAAAAAUGCAACCCUGAAGACUGACAAAGGGACACUGACAAACGAAGAGCCAAAGGUGGAGAAUAUCCCCAAACGGAAGCUGUCGUCUAUAGGAAUACAAGUUGACUGCCUUCAGCCAGUGGCAAAAGAGGAACCCCCUCCAUCAGCCACCAAAUUCCAGUCCAUCGGGGUACAGGUAGAGGACGAGUGGCGCAACAGCCACUCUCUCAGCAUGUCCACGAAGCAGGAUACAGAUUCUGACUCUCAAGAACCAAAUAAUUCUACUUGUAAAUCAUCUGAGAGAAGCCUUGCUGAUUGUCCCCCAUGCAACACCUCCAACAGCCUUGAUGCCAGUAUGAGGCAACCAGCCACGCCCUCCCAGAGCAACAGAAAUCUCUCCUAUGGAGAUAGCAACGACCCAGCUCUAGAACCUUCCUCUCUUCCUCCUCCUGACCCCUGGCUCGAAACGACCAACAACACUCCCUCAGAACCAGCGCAGCCUGGAGCUUGCCGAAGGGACGGGUAUUGGUUUCAGAAGUUGCUGCAGGCAGAGACAGAAAGGUUAGAAGGGUGGUGUCGUCAGAUGGACCAAGAGACCAAAGAGAAUAAUCUCUCUGAAGAAGUCUUAGGCAAAGUCCUCAGUGCAGUGGGCAGUGCACAGUUACUAAUGUCACAGAAGUUCCAGCAAUUCCGUGGCCUCUGUGACCAAAACUUGAAUCCCAAUUCCAAUCCCAGGCCCACAGCACAAGACCUUGCUGGUUUUUGGGAUCUCUUACAAUUGUCCAUUGAAGACAUCAGUAUGAAAUUUGAUGAGCUAUAUCACUUAAAGGCUAAUGGCUGGCAGCUGACAGAGACACCGGAGAAGAAAGAAGAGAAGAAACCACCCCCUCCUGUGCCAAAGAAGCCAGCCAAACCUAAAUCCCAGCUGAACCGGGACAAAGCCUCUGACUCGGUGGAUAAGCAGCGCCAGGAAGCCCGAAAACGCCUCAUGGCAGCCAAGCGUGCUGCCUCGGUCCGGCAGAACUCUGCCACUGAGAGUGCGGACAGCAUUGAAAUCUACGUUCCUGAGGCACAGACCCGUCUUUGAGCAAGGGGAAGAGGAAGAAAACACACUCUUUUUCACAUCAUUAAAAGGAAGAAAAAAAAGGUUCACUAAAUUUAGUGUGAUUUAUUUGGUCUAGAGACACACAGAGCCAGCCUUACAAAGGGCUCCCAAUUUGGCUUUCUCUCUGUCUCUCUCGCUGGGUCCCCCACCCCCCGCCCUUUAGCUUUAAGUAAUGAAGAUUUUGGAAGAAAACUCCCUUCAUGGUCCUGUGGUUUUGUUUUUCUCCCUUCACCACCCUUCACACUGGCUGUGGUGUGGCAGAACAGACUUUUGGAAACACAGUCCUUUAGACUUGGAACUGCAACCUUUUUACUUGUUCUAAGGAGAAUUAUUAGCUUGUUUACAUGAAAUGGACAAAAAUGAAAAAAAAAGCCUUGGGCACUUGCCAUGCUGCGCUUUUUUCUCCUCACUGUAUUCUUUCUGUCUUCUCCUCCACAUAGUCUUUCUCUGUUUCUCUUUCUCUCUCAACCCUUGUUUUGCGACUCCUUGUUUUCCUCCUCCUCUAGAGCCCCUACCCUCUCUUUCUUUGUCAUCUUUUCUCUGCAUGGCGUUGUUUACUGUGUUAGAAGUAAACUCUUCCACAGAGCUCCAGAAGAAAACACCUGUUCAGUGUGUACUAUUGUUGCACUCUGCUAGUGAGCAGCUUUUGUUUUAUUAUGUAUUAUUUUUCCUUCUAGGUGGAAGUGGGAAGCUGGGGUGGCGGGAGGCAGCAGGGUUUGGGGGUUCAUAUAUCUUGUAGUUUAAAUGAUGCAAAAGGAGGGCAAGAUCUGUGGGAUGUAAACAGAGUGGUAUGUUAAUAUAGCCUGAAAACAAACAUGUGCAAUAAGGUAGUGUUGUGGCCUGCACACACCUGUGAAUGGGGCUGGAAAAGGAGGAUUUCCUUUACAGAAGACCCAGUCUGAAGCACUGCGUAGCGGAUUCAUACGUUGCUCCGCACAACUUUCCAUUUUCUUUUCCACUGCCCCCUGCCCCUGUCUGCAAUGUUGUACGUGUGGUUCUGGUGUGCAAGGAUCAGUGUACCUGCUACACAAAGGGGAAGGAAACACUAUAUCGAAGUGGUGUGUCAUAUUAAUCCAUUCUACAGUGGCUUUUCUACUGAAAAAGAAGAGGUGGCUGGUGAAGGGUUGGCAGUUUGUCUGCCGAUUUUAUGUAUGUGUACAUAUGCACAUAUACACUUAGUAGGAUCUGUAUAUUUAAUUCAUGCACACACGUACAUACCCAUUCACACAUGCACGCAUUCAGGUAGUGUCGUUAAACACCACAGCGAGGUGGGUGUAUGUACAGCAUAUAUUUUUACAUGUACUAUAGGUAGAUGUGUGUAAAAGUGUGUGCAAAAUAUAUACCCUGUGUAAUAUCAAAUUCCUCUCUUCCCGUUGUGCCCCUUUGUGUCCCAUCUUCUGGAAGAGGGUAGUCAUUAAAUUGUACUUUGACCCUCCUCUCUCACUCAGUCUCCCCCCCUCCUCAAAUUUGGUCUAAUUUUGUGAAGCCAGGAGUUAAGACAGUUCUGAGCUCCCUGGCUGACCACACUACACUCCCAAUGUACAUGUCUCUCAAAACUGUGCACUACCAUUGCAGCAAAUUACAUAAGUGCUCCAUGUAAGACUUCAGGUGGCCAAAAUCCCAAAGGAAUUGUUUACUGAUGUAUUCAUGAUUCAAGGAGAUGAUAGGGAACGUUAUAAUCAUGUCAAUGAGUGAUGUGUACAGAAAGUGUGCACAACUUCCCCACUUAAUGUGCAGAUGUUUAACCUAUGAAAGCUUUGCCACAUGUAUAAUAUGGCUUCAGAUCCCACUUGACUUAUUCCCCUCAUUUCUUUCCCAAAA